AUGUUUAUCGUCAUUACCAUCGUCGUAUCCUGCUUUAAUUUAAUAUUUUGUUUUCAUUUUGAUCAGAAUUAUGUAUUUCAAAUUCGACGCGAAUUAGAGUUUUUAAUUUAUUUUAGAUUAUCUUUGAUUUCCAUCAAUGGUGAUAAAAUCCACCUGAGUGCUGCAGUCGGAAAAUGUAACAAAUAA